AUGGUCGUAAUGAUUUCAAGAACAUUGUCCGAAAAGGAAUUACAUUCCAAACUAAAACGAAUAUUCACAAAGAUAGGAUGUCUGGACAAGGCACAAGAGGGCAUCCGGGAUUUAUACGACCUUCUCCUAGAACACCCAGAGUGUGACUCAAAAGUAAACGCAUUCCUUGAACAUACUGGAAUAUUCUUCCGCAGAUACAUACGCAGUGCAUUGGCCGAGAUAACGACCAUAGAAAUGAAAAAGUGUGGCCUACUCCCAAGUACUCCUGCGCCCAUCAAAAGAGAAGUGCGCACAGUACCGUUCGAUGAUUUAUCCAGUCCGGCAGAGAGUCAAAGUGAUAGCGACAUCACUCUCACGGGAAGUUCCGUUCCAUCGACCCCUGCAACACCCGGUUCACCUGUCAUAACUGAAUUAUCCCAUAUAGGAGGAUUCAAGGAUAAAUUCACCAAAGAGACAUUUGAACAAACACGUUCUCGGCUACACUCGAUAUUCCAAUAUGAGAAGUUCAAGGACGGACAGCGGAGGUCCAGUCUUCCUAACAUGUCACAGAACGACGUUGAGCGUCUUGCAUAUGUAAAGGACAUCAUAAAUUCAUAUUCACAUAUACGACGGUCAUCGUGGAAUCAUACACCCUCUCCACUCAUACCGACAGAACGAUUCGGGUCGAUACCCAGCAGAAAAUUCAAACAUAUUAAUUUGGAAUAA